GAAUUAGGGUUUGCAUUAUCAAACACAAAAACCAGCCCAAAACAUGCCAAUUCCUCAUGAAUUACUUGUAGAGAUACUUUUGCGAUUACCUCUCGAUUCUUUGAUGCAAUUCAGAAGCGUUUGCAAAGCAUGGCACUUAAUGAUUACCAAAAACCCCCAAUUUCUUCAAUACUGUGCUAAAUUGUACCGGCAACAGUGCUGGGAGAAUGAAUUUAGAGAAGCUCUGCGAUUACAGUUGGAAAUUCAGAAAAGGCUGCGAGAACAACUUCUGUUUCAACGAAAUUUAAAUUUGCGAAUAGAAGAACAAGCGAGGUACUUAAAAAUACUGACGGAGAAGUUGUGCUCUGACAUGCCCGCCCUGAAUUCUGCUACUAAAAAUGAAGCAGAAGAAAGAUCAGAGGAUCCUCAAUAUGAUGGCGACUUAGAUUCGCAACAAGCUAAGCGGACGAGAUUACAUCCCUAACGCAUAGGCAUUGACGUUUGGUUUAAAGUUAAGAACAUGAAUAGAAAAAACGGGAAUGAGAGUGAUUGUUUUGCAUAUGUUACUUGGUUCAAUAAAUUAGUUUAGGAAUGAGACGGGGAAUGAUAGAUGAGAAUGAGUAUGCAAUAAG